AUUCUUUGGCUCUCCUCCGUUCCAGCGGAGAGUCACCACGACAGCCUGUUCCUGUAAGAAGUGUGAGUGAAUUCAAGCUCUGCAGAGGAAAGCAAGGGGGAGAUGACCCAGAUGCGUCCUCCUCCCCCUUGCUGGCUAUGCAGCACCCUGUCCACCUCUCCUCCUUCGGAUCCCUCUCCCUCGGAGGAAGGAAGUUCUUCUGGACUCCAAGGAGGCCGGGGUUGCUAGAGGGCAGGGAUGGAGACUAGCUCCCGGGAAUGGGAGCGGGGUGGGCAGCGCUGGAGAAUAACGCUCAGGAGCCUGGGCUGCGAGCCCCAGACUCCCGGGAAAGUCCAGCAGUCUAGAGAAGCUGGGCUUAGAGGCGCCCCUCUUUGAAGAGUUCUCAGGAAGUUUGGGGGAGGGGCGAGUUGCUCUCUCCCGUAGAAAGCGAGCGGGAGGGUGAGGAGGGACCUCAGUGGCAGCAGGUCUCGGAGCUGUCACGUUCCUGCUCACGGGCGGGGCUGGUGCUCCUGGCGGGGUCUGCGGACCGGAGAGGGCCGAGGGCAGAGCGCGCGCCGGCAUGGAGGGACUGGUCCUGCUCAACGCCCUGGUCACCCGGCUGCUGUUCUUUCUGCACUCGCUCAUUGGGGUCUGGCGAGUGGCCGUGGUGAAGAAGGAGCCGAGGUACUGGCUGCUGGCGCUGCUCAACCUCUUGCUCUUUCUGGAGACGGCGCUCACCCUCAAGUUCAAGCGCGGCAGAGGCUACAAAUGGUUUUCACCAGCCAUAUUUGUGUAUCUGAUUAACAUCGUCCCAUCAUUGUGGAUUCUUGAAGUGCAACAUGGGAACCAGUAUUGUGGUAGCCAAUCUGAAGGAAUGUCGCAGAAUACCAGUAGCAAAGAAGACUUCAAUCAAACUCUGAUGUCAAGUGAACAAGCCCAUGGAGGCGAUAGUCUCAUUGAGACGGCCAAAGUGUUUGUAAAUAACUUAUCUACAGUAUGUGAGAAAGACUGGACUUUGGGACUCCAUCAGACAUUCCUGCUAAUGCUAAUAAUUGGAAGAUGGCUUCUACCUAUUGGAGGCACAAUCACUCGGGACCAACUCUCUGAACUUCUCCUUUUGUUUGUGGGGACAGCUGCUGACAUACUGGAAUUCACAAGUGAGACCUUGGCAGAAAAUACUGUGAGGAAUAACCCUAGCCUAGUCUACGGCAUCCUUUGUAUUUGGACCUGGAGCAUGCUGCAGUUUCCACUUGACCUGGCAGUUCAGCAUGUCGUGUGCCCCUUGUCUCUGAGGGCGAGGGGGUUCCCCAGCCUGUUCUUUUGCCAAUACAGUGCCGAUCUGUGGAACAUUGGAAUCAGCGUCUUCAUACAAGACGGUCCCUUCCUCAUCGUGCGUCUCGUACUGAUGGCCUAUUACAAAGUUUUCAACCAGAUGCUGGUGUUCUUUGCGGUAAAGAACUUCCUCGUGGUGAUGUUACACCUCUACCGCCUGGUUGUCCUGGCACUGGGCGCCCGUGCCUCUCUGCGAAGGCAGCCAGAGGUCCUGAAAGGAGAGCGGUGCGGCCCUGCCGAGCCCCUGGAGAGCGGGGUCUCCCCUGGGGCCUGGGAGGGUGGCUCCCAGGAGGGCAUGGCUGUGCCUUUGCGAGCCUCGCCAGGCGCCUCGGAGGAUUCGCCCCCCACCCCGUAGUUCGUUAUGGGCAGCCGCAUGCUUGACGCCCCAGUUCUUCUUACGAACAGAACCUCCCUCUGUUCUUCUAAACCUUACAUGUAGUAAUUUUCAAAAGAACAACAAAAAGGGGCCUGAACCCGUCAAAAUGAUAUAAGCAGAGCCACUCUGAAACGGGGCAGGAGCUGCCAGGCCAGAGGAACUGCCUUGCAGGUCACGUGCCUCACACUUUGGGAUGUUAACACAGGACCAAACAGCCUCUGGACCGAGCCUAACGCAACCACGUGUCCCAAAGAAGUGUUUGCAAGGAUAGUAAGAAAGUAGGUAUUUUGACUACCGGACUGAUGGCUACCUGACCAAAAAUCAAAAACAUUUUUCGAAUAAGUGGCACUAUGUUAUCUGCACCAAUAGAAAGGCCUCUCUUCUAUUGAUGUAAUUGUUCCCUUUUCCUUUCUCAUAAAUACCCUUUGCCAUUGUCUCCUAAUCAGAGCACGAUUUGGGCUUCGGCCUGAAUCAAUGCAUUCUGAGGAGCUUUUUUUUAUUGAUCUCAAAUAAAUGCUUGUUGCCUUUCACUUUGAAAGGCUUUUACUUUUAGGUAAUCAAGCCAAAGCUGAGAAGUUCUCUUUCUUAAACUGAAUGAAAAGAACUUUGAUUAGUGGCUAUUGUUACAAUUUGUGUGAUGGUAUCAGAUGUUAUAGUUGUUCAACAACUAAGUGAUUUGUUUGUCUUGAACUGUCUGACAAGCUAUGGGCAGGGUUACAACGACAUGCCCUCAAGAGACUGAGUGCAGACAAACCGUCCGGGGCUGUUACCUGAAAACAGAGGAGCUUUCAACCUUGGCUCCAUUGUCAGACUGUCUCAUCUGAUCUUUUCUGCAAUGUCCCUCUGACAUUAAAAAAAAGAGAAAAAAACUACAUUCAGUGAAUGCAGAACCAAUAAAGGAAAAUGUGCCUUUAACAUUACCUCACUGGGGGCUGGAAACAGUGAAAAUCUCUGCCCAGCUUCUCUGCACAGACCUUCCCGGGAAAAUCAUUCUUCUGGGCUGAUGUGGCAUUCUGUCAUGGCGCAUAUGCUCUUACAGAAAUUUUAUCGCUUCUGGCUGGGGCACUGCAAAAUUCACAGCAAGCCAUUUCAGUUACAGAUCCACCGGUUGCGAGGCAGGAAAUACUGGUAAUGUCGCGAAGUCACAAAUUCCACUCGGAGCGUGAUUGGCGGCAUUUGUCAGUAUUUUCUUAACUGCACGUCGACGUUUUCUGCAUAGCCAAGUCCACUCAUGUGGGCUGGCGCAAGUAAGCACUGCAGCAGUGCGGAUCGGGGCUACAGGCCCUUUAAGGGUGACCCUAGUUUCUGGUGCCUGCCAGCAGUCUGAACUGCCACUGCUGGAGAUGGCCUCUGGUCCCAGGGAAGAUGUUGGGGACAGGGCUUACAUCAGUUCUACACACUGCCAGCAGCCCUUGAUUAGUGAUGGGGUCAGAAGUUGUGUGGCACAGCAUUGUGGAAAUCGGGAAAUUCACCUUUCUGCCCUGCGUUAAGAGUUCAUUUCCCCAAUAUUGUCAUAGUCACACUUUUCCUUUAUACACUGCUAUACAUUUCAGAUGGAGGUGAUUCAGAACCUU